UAGUACAACAACAAGUAUAGUGCGACACCUUUAGCCCCACCCGCUUAGAUUUUGUUAAAGAAACGCCAGGAUGUAUGGCAUGUUGUAUGAGAGUGUGCAGCACUAUGUGCAGGAGGAGUAUGGGAAGGAGGUGUGGCGCAAGAUAUGCCAGAUAGUCGACUGCCGGCACAACACAUUCAAGACGCAUCAGAUCUAUCCGGAUAAGCUGAUGCCGGACUUUGCGGCUGCCUUGUCCGCCUGCACCGGCGAGUCCUUUGACUCUUGCAUGAACUUCUUCGGUCGCUGCUUUGUGCGUUUCUUCAGUAACUUUGGAUACGAUAAGAUGAUACGCUCCACGGGUCGUUAUUUCUGUGACUUUUUGCAGAGCAUCGACAACAUUCAUCUGCAGAUGCGAUUCACUUACCCUAAGAUGAAGUCGCCGAGCAUGCAGCUGACCCACAUGGACAACGAUGGAGCGGUCAUACUGUAUCGCAGUGGACGUACAGGCAUGUCCAAAUACCUGAUUGGCCAGAUGACGGAGGUGGCUAGAGAGUUCUAUGGAUUGGAGAUAAAGUUGUAUGUCAUUGAGAGUCAGAACGAUAUUAGCGGCGGAACCGCAGGUCCCAUUAAGCUGACGGAUGGCCCCUUGACGGUUGUGGUGAAAUAUCGAAUGGACUUUGAUAAUCGGGAAUAUAUGGCCAAGCGUGUGAAUGUUGUGGCCCAUCCGACCCAACUAAAGCUGCCAACAGUGAACUUAAAUGUUUUUCUGGAGCUCUUUCCCUUCACCAUUGUGCUCAAUCAUGACAUGAAAAUAACUAAUGCGGGUGAGAAAAUUGUGGAGACCUGGAUAUUGCAUAAUCCUGGCGCCAAUCCUAAGCGCUUCAUUGGCUCCCAGGUGAUGGAUUUGUUUAAGUGUCGACGGCCGAAGGACACGACCAUCACCUGGGAGACCAUACAAAAAAUGAAAACGGUUCUAUUCGAGUUCGAGCUUAUACGCACGGGCCACAAUCGUGCCGCUUACGAUGUGGCGCUGAACAUGGAUUUCGACGAUCUGGACGACAUGAAGCUGAAUGAGGCACAGGCCAUGGCAUUGGCCAAUGCGCAGGAGUUUAGUCAGGAGCAUGCAAGUGAUGAGGUCACUGGGGAGAGUGAAAUUGAUCCGGCCACUGGAGAGCGUCGUUCGUCGCAAGGUCUGCGCUCCAUUCUGCUCAAGGGCCAAAUGUUUUAUCUCAAAGAUGUGGACUCAUUAAUUUUCUUGUGCAGUCCACUGAUCGAAGAUUUGGAUGAGUUGCACGGCAUUGGUUUGUACUUGAAUGAUCUCAAUCCACAUGGUCUCAGUCGUGAGUUGGUGAUGGCCGGCUGGCAGCAUUGUUCCAAGCUCGAGAUUAUGUUUGAGAAGGAGGAACAGCGCUCCGAUGAGCUAGAGAAGUCGCUGGGGUUGGCCGAUUCAUGGAAACGUCAGGGUGACGAGCUAUUGUACUCGAUGAUACCGCGUCCCAUUGCCGAGCGUAUGCGCAAAGGCCAGGAGCAUGUAUGCCAGAGCUUCGAAGAGGUGUCCGUCAUAUUUAUUGAAGUGUUGCAUGUCUACGACGGUGGAUCGAACAACAUUCAAGAUGCCAUGCAGGCGGUCAAUACGCUAAACAAAGUUUUCUCCGCCCUCGAUGAGGAGAUCAUAUCGCCAUUUGUGUACAAAGUGGAGACUGUUGGCAUGGUGUACUUGGCUGUUUCCGGUGCACCAGACCAGAAUCCCUUACAUGCGGAGCAUGCCUGCGACUUGGCAUUGAGGGUAACAAAAAAAGUUAAGGGCCACAACUUACCGGAUGUUGCCAUCAGAUGUGGCAUUAAUUCCGGGCCAGUCGUGGCGGGAGUUGUUGGCCUGAAGGUGCCGCGGUAUUGCCUUUUUGGUGAUACCGUCAAUACGGCCUCGCGCAUGGAGAGCAGCUGCGAUCCGUGGAAGAUUCAACUAUCAUCGUAUACGGCGGAGAAAGUUAGCAAGGUGGGCUAUAAGGUGGAGUCUCGUGGUUACGUCACUGUCAAGGGCAAGGGUGAAAUGGAGACCUUUUGGCUUCUGGAAGGACCACCGGAAUAAAUUCAAUUCGACCAAUUUACAGGCAAAUAUCAGCUUAAAUACAAAGGCAAUUAGUUUUAAGCUCUUUACACAGCACUCUGUACCACACAUUGUAUGUAAUUGUGAACUUUAUUCACCGCUGCAAUAAAAAAUUGAAUUUAA